GGGCACAAGCUUCUCCAAAGAUUUCGUCGAUCGCUCUAAUUAUUUCCUUGUCAUGCACACUCUUAGCCAGCGGGCCAACACCCUAUUUGCUUUCUUUGUGACAGUGCUUUUCUCUGUUCUUGGGGCCGUUGCAAUAUCGGGACCGCUACUGCUAUGGAGGGUUCCAAAGGACGCGAACGCUGUCGAUCUAUCAGUGGAAGCCGUCUCUGUAAAAAUGGGCAGACUUGGCUACUACUAUGACUACAGCUCACCAGCGACAGAGCUCGGCUUAAUUCAAUUCAACCUUGAUGCAGACCUUACGACCUUGUGGAACUGGAACACCAAGCAGCUCUUUUUAUACGUGGUCGCCGAGUACGAAACCCCAUCGCACAAUGUGAAUCAGAUCGUUAUAUGGGAUGAUAUAAUUACGAGCAAGGAAGAUGCUAUCGUGACGCUUCGGAAUAAAAAGGCAGAAUAUGUCGCAUCGGACAUGAGUCACAAGCUAGCGGGCAUUCGAACAAAUCUGUCGCUGCAUUGGAAUAUCGUUCCCCAUGUAGGGUUAUUGAUGACCCAGCGAGCAGGAUCCGCGCCGUUAACAUUCCCGAGGGCGUCUCAAUAACAAAGACCACAAUAGUACAAAGAGUCUGUUUGCAGCCGCCGUUGUGAGAUCUGAUGCAAAUAUAGCUGAAAUAGUACAUCCUGCUUGUCUGCGCUUGACAAAUCAUUUGAAUCAUAUAUUGAGAGCGUAUAUUUCGUCAA